AUGGGGUGGAGCUCCUGCGGCACCCAAUGGAGGGCGCGGUACCGCCGCCGCUUCCUGCUCUCAUGCCUGGCGCUGUUAGCCCCGGCGGUGGUGCCACCGGCGGGGGCCCAAGUAUCGACGACAACAUGCGGCAGCACCUCGCCGCUCCGAGUAGAAACCGUGGCAGAAGCCGGUGUACUCGGCGCCGCCGUUGACUGCACGGACGGCGGGACGGUGGAGGCCGUUUGGGCGGGGACGGUUACUCUCACCGCUCCAAUUUCCGUCGGGGCGGGGACGUUCCUGUCCAUCACCGGAGAAGACGACUCGGCGGAGGUGCUGGGCGGCGGCCAGACCCAGAUGUUCUACGUCUCAUCAUCGGGAGGCCUGACGCUGACCGAUCUCAGGCUCUCGGGAGGAAGCGCUGCAAGCGGCGGGGCUGUCUACGCCAGCGCGGCAUCGGUCGCCCUCAACAAUUGUGUCUUCGACGGCAACUUCGCGACCGCCGGGGACGGCGGCGCCGUGGCGGUGGAGGGCGGGGACCUGACAAUAGUCGGGGGGGAGUUCUCCGGGAACAGCGCAAGCGGUAACGGUGGCGCCGUUCUCGCCACCGACGCUGCGGUGGUCAUCCAGGACGGCGCCCGGUUCGAGGGCAAUAAGGCCGUCGAGGGAGGAGGGCUGUACUGCGGAGGGGCGGAGAACUCGACGACGACGACAGUCCCGUCAUCAUCGUCCGCCGCUGCCGCCACCUGCUCCCUAAGCGGAGCGGUCUUCGGGGCCAAUAACGCCUCCAGCGAGACCAUCGUCGACUACGACCUGAUCGAGGCGCCGUGGGUCACCCUAUACGGCGGUGGCGCGGCCGCCUUCUACCGGGGGGUGGUUGACAUCACGGGGUCGGAAUUCCUGGGGAACUACGCGCAGGUCUCUGGCGGGGCUGUGUACGGCGGCACCGAUUCCGUCCUGACCAUCGACGGCUCCAGCUUCGAGGAGAACACCACGCCGGGGUACGGGGGGGGGCUAGCGGCGUCUUCGGCUGUCCUCGGGGGAGACACGCUGCUGAGGAACAACUCAGCCACGUCGAACGGGGCCGGGGUGUUCGGAUGGGAUGAGGACGGGGAGAUCGAGCUGCACGAUAUACUCUGCACCGAAAACACGGCCACCGGGCACGGUGGCUGCCUGUACGUCGCCGGCGUAGGGGUAGUCAACAACGGAACUGUCAUGAUCACAAACGAGGGCAAAUACGGCGGCUGCAUCUGGGACAGCUUCGAUCUGGGGGGCUCCCAAGUCACCGUUGAAGGAGGAAGGUUCACGGACAACCGAGCGUUGGAACUAGGUGGAGCGUUUGUGGCUUGGGGUACGCCUACAGUCUUGACCAUCACGGGCGGCUUCUUCAGCAACAACACCGCAAAGUUCUACGGAGGCUUCAUCUUUCUGGAGGAAGAGGCUAGCCUUUCUUGCGAAGGAGCCACGAUCAGGGACCACUAUGCCGGGGACCAGGGAGGAGGCAUCUACGGCCGAGACGCCACUUGGGUGAACUCCAGCUGCGACUUGAUCGGCAACGCAGCGCCGCAGGGGGCGGCGGUGUACCUGACCCACACCGUCAUGGCCGCCAACUUUGAUAACCACGAAGUCACCGACAACGUGGCGUCGGGGGGCAGCGUGCUCUACGCCACCGACACCGCCCUCUUCGCGACGGGGCUAAACUUCCAGUCCGGGGUGGGCCUGCAGGAGGACUCUUCGAACCGUGCGAUACAGCUGGAGGGCGAGACGACCCUUGUCGCGGAGGGGUGCGUCUUCGGCGGCUGGAUGGGCGACACCGUGAUCCACAACGCCAACACGGCCGAGGGGUCCCUCGCGCUCGACAGCUGCGACUUCAGCGAGAGCGCGGCCAUCAUGGUGGCCGGCUCCCCUCACUCGGACGCCCUCAUCCGCAACGCCUUCGUCGGCCACCACACCAUCGACAACGCCGCCGUCGUGGACGGCUCGCCGGUGCUGGUCGACAACGCCUUCGGCUGCGACUCGGGCAUCUGCGCGGCGGGGGAGUGCGUCGACAGCGUCCUCGGCGUGCUCUGCGAGUGCCUGGAGGAUGGGGUCUGCCUCAACGACGGGGGCGCGCUCUCCAUCAGCCUGCUCGUGGAGCCGCCGAACGUUACGUACAGCCCGGACCCCGUGUACUUUGAGCUCCUCGUGUCCGCGUCGGCGGACGGGGUCACGCCCACCAUCUGGAACCUUUCGUACGAAGCGGAUGGCCUCGAGCUGUCGCCGUUCCCCUCCAGCGGGGUCCUCUCGCCGGGGGGAAACGUGACCGUCAUGGUCACCGGUAGCCCGUUGCAGCAGGACGUCGGCGGGGACCUUGUCAGCCGGUUCGCGGUGUCUUCCGUAGGCAGCGGCGGCGGCGGCACCGCGGAAUCAUCGUCAUCGACGGGGGUGGAGUUGGAGGUGGAGUCGGCGUUCUACCUGUGCCAGGCGUUCGAGUACGCCGUGCCGGUGGACGGGGACGACGACACGGCCGUCUCCUGCGAGCAGUGCGUCGCCAUCGACGGCGCGGAGGGGGUGGACUGCGAGCUCCCCGGGGCGACGCUGGCCUCGCUCCCCGUUCGGGAGGGCUACUGGCGGUCCGGAAAAGAGUCGUCGACGGUCCUCGCGUGUAUCCACGCCGAGUCUUGCGCCGGGGCCACCCAGGUGUCGACCGCGGAGGACUACUGCUCCAGUGGGUACGAGGGGCCAUAUUGCGCGUCGUGCCAGGCGGGUUACGGCACGGGCAUCGGCAACACCUGCCACCCGUGCGACGACACGCGGUCCCGGUGGCUCAUCUUGGCCGGCUCCCUGUUCACGCUGGUCACCCUGCUCGUCCUCGGCCUCGCGAUCGUGUUCCUGGUCGGCGGGCUAGACGCCGUCGAGGGGGUCCGCCGAACGGUGUCCCGGUCGCUGUCGGUCUCCACGAAGUUGCCGCUGGGGAGAAGGAGCGCCUCGGUCGGUAGUGGCGCGGCGGCGGCGGCGGAGGGCGCCGUUCCCGGAAUCGCCGCUUCCUUUGCUCCCGCGUUCGAGGAGGGCAAGGGCGAACGAAACUCCUUCCAGGGGAAGCAGCAGCAGCAGCAGACGGCGGUGGACUUCUUCGACGACGGGUUGUUGCGCUCUUCUUCGAAGUCUCCCGAUACCGCGGUCGGAGGAAGAAAUACGGGACGGUUUUCCGGGGUGCUGUUGCCCAGCGCGACCACCGUGAGCGGCGCCCAGCGGCACGCUACCCUCGGUCCGAGCAGCGGCGGCGGAGGCGGAGGCGGAGGCGUGCAGGCGGACCUAGACCGAGCGAGAGAGGGCUGGCGCAAGGAGGACGAGAAGUCGGCGGCGUGUUGCGGGAUCGGGGAGAAGAUCAAGCGGUGGGCUGCACGGCUGCCUAUGGACAAGCUCAAGAUCCUGGUGGUGGUGUGGCAGAUCCUCACGGUCUUCCCCACCAUCACCGGCGCGGAGUUCCCCCCCGCGUACGCCCAGUUCCUGUCGGUUAUCGACUUCAUCAACCUCGACAUCGGGUCCAUCUUCUCCGGCACGUGCAUCCUGCCCAGGGUGUCCUUCUACCAGCGGCUCCUGGUCACGACCGUGACGCCGAUCGGCCUCGCCGGUGUUCUUCUGCUCACCUACACGAUGGCCAAGGGCAGGGCGGGGAUCGGGUCGGCGAGCGUGGUCGCGAGAAAGGCGGCGUGGUCGAGACACAUGGCGGCGGGACUGCUGUUGACCUUCUUGGUGUUCACGUCUACCUCGACCGUGGUGUUCAAGACGUUCGCCUGCGACGACCAAGCGGUGGAGGGGGACAGCUACCUCAGGGCCGACUACAGCCUGUCGUGCAACACGGACACGCACACGUGGUACAAGGUCUACGCCGGCAUCAUGAUCGUGGUCUACCCCAUCGGGAUCCCCCUCCUGUACGCCUUCAUCUUGUGGAUAAACCGGGACUCACUGAACCCGCGGCCACGGCCUAAGGCCACCGACGACGACGACGACGACGACGACGACGCGGACGCUUCGGGGUGGUCCGUUGCAUCGAGGAAGGCUGGCGGCGGCGGCGGCGGCGGCGAGCACGUCUCGAAGGAGACCCCGGAAGAGCUAGAAGAGCGGCUGCAGAAGCGGAGGCAGAACCCGGACCUUGUGCCCUCCAUGUUCCUGUGGAAAGACUUCGGCUUCGAGCUGUUGAGACCCCACCUGGAUCCCGCGGACUCAUGGCUCUACCGCCUGGGUUGCGUGACGAUCUUCCUGUCCAACUUCCUGGCGCUCCUGAUGAAGGUCGACGCCGCCGGAGAGAGCAACCGGUCCAUCCUCGGUGGCAUCCUCAUAGCGGUCAACGUCCUGCUCGUGGUCGCGGUGCUCGCCUCCACCUGGUUCGCCACGCAGCAGACGGUGGACGACAACCGGGAGGGCGAGAACGCUUUCGCGGUGGCGAAGGCCAUGCUCACGCACGAACAGAAGGGGGCCGGGGGGGGGGGGGCGGGGGUCCCGCAGUUCGCGCUUUGACCGUCGUUUCUCGGGGGUAACUGGGCAAAGCGGACUUCAUUUUCGUCUUUCUUGGAUGUUGAUACCCUCGGGAAUGUAAGUUGUUCUUCGAUGGACCCGUCAAUUGACGCCUCCUGCGAGCAAGAGCCGCUUUCAUUUUUGGACGAGGUUUCUAAUUUCCGUGGUUGUGUCGGGGGGGUUGUCUAACCUUGGGCGCUUGACGACUCGCAUGUGUUCUGCAGUUUAGCAAGCAAUAGAACACCCUCGCCUUCUCAGAGUACUGCUGCUGGCGCUUUAUGGUGGGACGGACUGGUUAACGGGCGAGUUGUCGCUUAUUUAUGUCGAAUGGGGCUGUGGAAAUACAUGUUAUCCCCAACGUAUGUUACUACUUGUGUUUUACGAUAUUCACCAACCAGAGCUGCGUGCAAGCACUUGGUUUUGGAUGAUUGCUCGGUCGACCGUGUGGCCGAUCAAUAAUAAAGGUUGUAUGUGAGUUUUUAUUCUUGUCCGCUUAGCGUGGGUGUGGUGGUGUAAUCCUGGUUGAAUUCUUGUUCGUAGCGUAAACCAUCUCAAAUGUUUAUGACAUUUGGUUGUCGAGUCCGGACAGGAGAGGCAGGUGGGAGCACCUCAGUAAGGACUUUGUGGUCGUUGUCUACCUACGCCUGGCUCAAAAACGUUAGGCCGUUCGCGCCAGUCUUGUGUGUUCUUAUUAUCAAGAUUUGUUUUUUAGGCCAGGCGCUACUCGCCUGGCUUGUGCCGGUGGCUUUUCUUGAUUUC